UUACGCGUAAAUAUUGUACAUUAUGAAUCAUACCACAGGCUAUGACACCGAAUGUGGAGUUGAGGUUUGCCUAUUGUAGACCAAACACACCAACGAUCAGGCGUUGUGUUGCAAACACAAUGUUACUUUGAUGGUGGGUUAUGGCGUUACAACGUAACACCAUAGUGUGGGCUGACAAAGACCCUUGUUCCGAAAAUUCUGUCGGUCGAUUUCAGAGGAUCGGUAGGCUAUAUCACGGCACCACUGCUGUCAACAAUCAAGUGCGUGAGCCUAUCUUAAGUCGAUUAGUGUCAACUCACUUCGCCAGUAGUCCACAAAUCAGCCUUGAUGUGCUCUCUGCUUCUGAACAGCAUAGGCGGCUGUAUCUGCAAUAGAGCUGUCAACAGAUAGCUUUGAUAACUUCGAUGAUUCGACAUGCGGCCCUGUAGCUCCCAAUGCCUGCUGCGCUACGCUAUGUAGACGGCAGUGCCUCCUCUUUUAGUUUUUGCAAAUGAAAAUGGAGGAGAUGUCACUGUCCGGCCUGGACAACAGCAAGAUGGAGGCCAUCGCCCAGGACAUCUUGACGGACCUGGUGGAGGAUGCGUGUCUAGGCUUGUGCUUCGAGGUGCACCGGGCUGUCAAGCAGGGCUACUUCUUCCUCGAUGACACUGACCAGGAGAGCAUGAAGGAGUAUGAAAUCGUGGACCAGCCGGGCGUGGACAUCUUUGGCCAGGUGUACAACCAGUGGAAGAACAAGGAGUGUGUGUGUCCCAACUGCAGCCGCAGCAUCGCUGCAUCUCGCUUCGCGCCGCACCUGGAGAAGUGCCUGGGCAUGGGCAGGAACAGCAGCCGCAUCGCCAACCGCAGAAUUGCCAGUGGCAACAACAACAACACCAACAAGUCAGAGAGCGACCAGGAGGACAAUGACGAUGCCAAUGACAAUGACUGGUCAUAUGGUGCAGAGAAGAAAGCCAAGAAGAGAAAAACCGAUAAGAAUCCAAACUCCCCAAGAAGAUCCAAAUCUCUGAAACACAAAAACGCUUUGCUGGGCACUAAACGCCGGGUGGAGAAUCAGGAGAGCCCAUGUGUGCUGCUCAGAGACGAGGCAUUUCCACAGUGACUAAGGAACAAAAGAGAAACCUUCAGGCACCACCACCAUCACCACCACCACACAUUAAAGCAAUGAUCUCUCCAGAAUUGACAGCAAAAAUGAAGAGAAACACAAUUACACACGGCUGACAUCUCUCACCAACCACUUGAGCCAGAACAUGGGAGGCAGAAGAAGAGCAAGGAAGAGGAGUGGAUGGGUUCUUCAGUUUACACAAAGUGUUCAGCAAAAAGUCUUUUUUUUUCCUUUUUCUCAGAGAGAACUUUUGUGUCACUGUUUUUUUUUUUUGUUCCUGACAUUUGCACAAGAAAAUGUAAAAAGUAUCAGACGGAGUCAGACGGAGCGCUACUGGCACUUGUUUACCUGUUGCUUCAUGGGCUGACCCCGAUUAAAAAAAAAAAAACAAGACCCACCCCCUCCACAGACAGACGAAGGCUCUUUCAUUCAAAAGGCUGUGGCCCUGGUUUGGUGCUGAUUUGGCGAUCCUCCACCAGGUCCAUUCUGUCGAUGUAGUGGGUGGGCGGGUUGGCGGGCAGGGCAUCUUAUUGGCAUCAGGGUCAAAGGUCGAGGUGAGCACACAAAGCAAAGGCACUCAGGGUAGAUGGAGGGAGCAGCUCUGUUAACUGUGGUUACUGAAGCAGGCAGAAAGCAGCAAGCUGCCAACGCGUUGAUCUCCCCUCCUGUCGCUCUGAUAAACAUAUGCAUUCAUCUUACUGAAAAAAAAACAAGAUUUUUAACCCUUAGUUAUCAUUAGCUUUUUUUUCUUGCGUUUUGUGUCUCAGGCAAUGACAGAUCCACAGAUUGGUCUGUGAUUGUAUCAGUCUUUGUUUUUUUUUCUUUCUUGUUCAGUCAACUUUGGCCUACUUUUCCACACACUCAGUGUUGUCUUUUACAGUCGAUCUAUUAUGUAGUGGAGUGAAAUGAUGUGGGAUUCAGGGCUGGAGCCCUUGAAAUAAAAAAUUGUGGAAUUGUACAGAAAACAGUGUGACCGAUCAUAAGGACUCUCUGUCCCAAGUUCAAGCCACUGUCAAUGCCUUGGGGACGGAUAUAAUUACUCUUUUUAAAUAUGAAUCAAAGGUUGUUUUUUUCCCCUCUUGCGCUCUUUCUUUUCAUUAUUAGCUGUUUACAUUGUAAGGAAUCAUUUCUAUCUUCACUGUGUUGUAACUGUGUAUGUUUGACUAGGUGAAAAUGCUGCUACACUGACCAUGAGUCUUCAGCUUGUGGACAUCCUUACGCACCCACACACACACACACACACACACAUACACAUACACACACACACGCGCACACACACACUCACACCCAUACACAUACACAUAAUAAACCACCCGAACUCAGAACCUCAA